GAGGUCGCCGGCGCAGGGCAGCAGCUCUUCGUCGACCCUCGCCCGAACAGGGAGCAGUGGCAUUCAGACGCAGCUGUCUCAUGUACUCGCGGCGGCGAAGCAACACGAGCAGCUGUGCGCGCAGCUGGAGGAGGGCUCCCGGCUACUGGAG